GAAACAAAUAAAUAAACCACUUAGCCACUGCAGCAUAGCAUUCGUGAAUUCAGUUGAAUUUCAGCUAUGGACCCCACAAUAUCCGUUUCCAAGGGUUGUUUUGUCUACAAAAAUGGAGCUACGCGUGCCGGCAAGAAGGCAUCCGGCAAGCGAAAAAGAGCCACAGGCGGCACGAGCAGCCUGCUGGGCAAGGAGGUCGUUGGACAGCCAUUCUACGAUGCGUACGCCCAGACCUGGAUUCAGAUGAACGAGCACAUUACCCGCCUGCAGCAGCAGAGCUAUGCCCGCACACUCGAGCAGUUGGUGGAGUUCGUGGUGGGCCAGGGGCAGAUCGAGGACGAAAUUCUGCCCACAGCGGCACUCCUCACGGGCAUCAAUCAGCCGGAUCACCUCAGUCAGUUCGAGACUUUCACGCGGCGCCUGCAUGCCCAGAAGGCGGCGCGGGUCUGUGUGCUGCAAUCACGAGAUUGCCCCACUCUAAAGGCAGCCAUCGAGGCCAUGGUCUUUAGCCUGAUCGAGGGCGAACAGGACCAGGAAGACACAGAGGAGGAGGAGGAUGUGGGCGAUCGGGAUCGCAAGCGACUGCGACGCUCUCACUGCACGAUAAAGCAACUGACGUCCUGGUACAUCAACAACUUCGAAACGGAGGAAAGGAAAAGCCAACAGCUGGUUAUCAUAUUGCCCGACUUUGAGUGCUUCAGUGGCCACGUCCUGCAGGACUUUAUCCUCACACUCAGCGCCCACCGUGGCGACCUGCCGUUUGUCCUGGUGCUGGGCGUGGCCACGGCCAUGUCGGCGGUGCACAGCACCCUGCCCUACCACGUCAGCAGCAAGAUCAGGCUGCGCGUCUUCCAAACACAGCCAGCCCCCACGGGCCUGAAUGAGCUGCUGGACAAGGUCUUGCUCUCCCCCAUGUACGCGUUCCACCUGUCUGGAAAGGCCUUCAAGUUCCUCACGCACAUUUUUCUGUACUACGACUUCUCCAUUCACGGCUUCAUCCAGGGCUUCAAGUACUGCCUGAUGGAGCACUACUUUGCCGGCAAUGCGUACGCCCUCUGCACGGACUACAGCAGGGCAUUGAACCGCAUCAAGCUGCUGACGCACGACGACAUGGAGACCAUACGACGUCUGCCCUCGUUCCGGCCGUACGUGGAGCAGAUCAACGACUGCAAGCGCAUCAUAGCCGUCCUCACCGACGACGACUACCUGAAGAAGAAGCUGCCGCAACUCCUGCGCGACUGUCUGCUCCACUUUCUGCUCUUCCGCAGCACGCUGGAGUUCUUCACGGAGCUGGUGGGCGAUCUGCCGCGCUGUCCGCUGGGCAAGCUGCUGCGCGAGCUCUACGUCAACUGCCUGAACAGGCCGAUCGCCGCGUCGCCCGAGUACAAGGAGUGCUGGCAAAUGCUGAGCUUUCUGUCCAAAGAGGAGUUUGUGGCCAAGGUGCAGAGAAGUUUGGCAAGAACGGAGCAAUUUCUGGCCGCGGAGAUCGCCCCCCUCGAACUGGGAGAGGCCUGCACAUCCGUGCUGCGACCGCAGCUACAGAGCAUUCGGCAGCUGCUCGACGACGUGGUCAUGGGCACCCUGGAGAUGGUGCCGGCCAUGUCCACGGAUGAGAGCAGGCCUGCAGCUGGUCUAACGCAAGUCGCCUCGCGGCAGGAGCUCAAGGCACAGCUGCUGCAGCGCAGUCAGGUGGACAGGCAACACCAGCAGGCUCCCACCACGGAAUUCGCCCGAUCGGUGCAGAGGACGCUGGAGCACAUUGAAACGCAGCUGGUGCGCGGCCAUUUGCGUGCGCUCCAAGAGGCUCCACCGCUCCACGAACUGUUCGUGUUCAGCGACAUUGCCACGGUGCGCCGCAACAUAAUUGGCGCCCCGCGGGCUGCCCUGCACACGGCCCUCAACAAUCCGCACUUCUACAUGCAGUGCAAGUGCUGCGAGCUGCGCGAGCAAACCCAGCUCAUGGGCUCCCUGCCCGAUCUGUCGGUGGUGUACAAGCUGCAUCUGGAGUGCGGGCGCAUGAUCAACCUGUUUGACUGGCUGCAGGCCUUCCGCUCGGUGCUGCAUGCCAGCGAGGAUCCGGACGGAGAGGUGGCCCAAGAGCAAAUAGAUCCGCAGAUACAGGCACGCUUCACGCGCGCUGUGGCCGAACUGCAGUUUUUGGGCUACAUUAAGAUGUCGAAGCGCAAGACGGAUCAUGCCACACGCCUCACCUGGUAGUCCCAGAUUCGGAUUUUAUCUCUCUUUCUGUUUAUUUAUAUAAAUUGCUCGCGUGGUACGCAAUAAAUACAUAUUUUAUCUAUGGGCAUGC